AGAUUUACACGAUUAUAUAUUUGCAAAGGCAGUUUUCUCUGCCUCCUCUAACAUUAACAUUCAGGGAAUGUUAUGAUGUCACAAUACAUAAAAGCAAUAAAAUCUACAGGUCAGAAAAAAUACACUUUAUGCUUUGCUACUAAUGUAAAAUAUGCACCUGAAAUUUUCCAUUCAGAAAAGCAUCCUUAUUUAGAAAAACUAGCCCAGCAAGUGCCUUAGAUUUGCAGAACACCAUGAGGCUAAUGCUCAUGCUAACAGGGUUGCCUGAGCUCAGCUUCAGUGUAACCGGCCAGAUGCAUUCCAUAUUGACUUGCCCUUUCUUUUAAUAGAUUUACUACAAAGACUAGCAGAAUCGGAAAGCGGUAUUUGUUGGAAAUUCUUCUCCUUUUUUCUUCUUUUCAAUGUGUUAAAGAUUUGGUGUAAAACUUGUGAAAGUCAAAUGGAACAUAGAGUGGAUAAGUUAUCAAGCAAGGUUUGUAAAUGUUAAAUACCUCUUACAGUGUUUGGUCAUCAUCAGUUUUUCUGAAAAGUAUUGAGAUUCAUCCAGGCUUGAUCUCUGGAUAGUAUCAGAGCCAUUGUUUGUAAGUAUAAAUGCAAGCAGCCACUAACACCCCCCAGUUUAUGUACAAACACCGCAGCGUACAUCAAGUGCACCCCUGGUAGUUUGCACACACGCAGGGAUAGCUUUUCUAAUCCCGGGGAUGCAACUUCCCAGCCCAGGGAACGGCCCAGCCAGAGCCCUGCUCGGAGGCUGGAGCAUUCCCAGCGUGCCUCACAAGCCUCUGCAUCCCCAGCGCGCUUUCAUCUCCCUUCACCUCGGGCUGCAGAUGUGGGAGGCAGCCGGGCGAUGGGAGUUCAAAGCAGCAGCCCAUGAAACGGGCUCAUCCAGCCUCUUCCAGCGGGGAGGCUCCUCCCGGCAGCGAGGCCCCUUCCCUGUGCGCAGCGGGGCGGUGCCGGGCCAGGUGCGGCUGGCGGCGGCUGCGGGCCCUCCCCACAGGCCGCGUCUGGCGCGGAGACCGGAACGCUGCGAGAUCAAAGCGGGCGGGCGGCGGCGGCCGCCCCGGGCUCCCCGCCCCGCCCCGCCCCGCCCGCCGCAGCUGCCGGCUGCCACAGGGCAAACCGGGCUGGGCCCCUCAGAGCUGGGCUUGCUCGGGGGAAACGGGAGUCUGCAGUGCCCCUGCCCUUGGCAUCCCGCGCACACCACGGGUAAAGGGCCGGGAAUGGAAAAGAGGCAACAUAAGGACGAGCUGUAGGCUUGGGAGGUGGACAGUGCCAGAGGAAGACCUGGGGAGCUGCAGCCCUGCAUCUCUCCUUGCAUGGUGGCGUGAGAAGUACGCUACAAGGUGGCAUGAAACUCGCUGGAUUUGGAUAUCCAGCCAGUCUAGGUAAGAAACUUCAAUAUUUGCUGUCAACAGAAGAAAUGGAUUUUGCAAUCUUUUGGAACUUCAGUUUCUCCAAAACACACAGCUUGCAAAGACCGACAGUGAAUAUACUGGAACUUUAAAAAUGUGGAAUUAAAGAUUUUUUUCUAACA